CUUCUAGGCGCAGGGAGAUGACGUUGUACAUUUCCUCUCCACGUGGGUGCUGCUGGGUUGCUUGCUAGCAAGAAGGAAAAGUCUGCUCGGGGACUCAAGAUUCCUCAAAGUCGGUGGGCAGGUCAAGGUGCAAAUCUUAACCAAAAUAAAAUAAAAUGACUGCGGACGUGGAGCGACUCCUUAUCCAAUUCAAAGAUGAGGCUGGUGAGGCCUUGGGCUCUCCCUUUGAUGUGCCCAUCAACAUCACGCCAGAGAAGCUUCAGCUCGUCUGCAACGCCCUCCUGGAGAAGGAGGAGCCCCUGCCGCUGGCUUUCUACGUGCGAGACUCCGAGAUCGUGGCCUCCCUGCAGCAGACAUUGACAGGGCAAGCUCUGGAGACGGAGAAGGUGGUGGAGAUCGUUUACCAGCCGCAGGCCGUGUUCAAAGUCCGCGCCGUCACCCGCUGCACCAGUUCUUUGGAGGGCCACAGCGAGGCCGUCAUCUCAGUCGCCUUCAGUCCCACUGGGAAGUACCUAGCCAGUGGCUCCGGAGACACAACCGUGCGCUUCUGGGACCUCAACACGGAGACCCCGCACUUCACGGCCAAGGGUCACCGUCACUGGGUGCUAAGCAUAGCCUGGUCCCCUGAUGGCAGGAAACUGGCGUCCGGGUGCAAAAACUGCCAGAUAUUUCUCUGGGAUCCCAAGACGGGGAACCAGAUCGGACGGGUCCUCGUGGGGCAUUCGAAAUGGAUUACUUCUCUCUGCUGGGAGCCUCUACAUUUGAACCCAGAAUGCCGCUACCUGGCCUCUUCCUCCAAAGACGGCAGCGUCCGCAUCUGGGACACGGUCGCCGGCCGGUGCGACAAGAUCCUGACGGGCCACACACAGUCGGUGACCUGCAUCAAGUGGGGUGGGGACAACUUGCUGUACUCCUCGUCUCAGGAUCGGACCAUCAAGGUCUGGAGGCCCCUGGAUGGAGUCCUCUGCCGCACGCUUCAGGGUCACGCGCACUGGGUGAACACCAUGGCUCUCAGCACAGACUAUGUUCUCCGCACUGGGGCUUUUGAGCCGGCCGAGGCCUCCAUCAACCCCCAGGAUGUCAGCGGAUCCCUGGCAGAGAUAAAGCAGAAAGCACAGCAGAGGUACAGCCAAGUCAGGGGCCAGGGGCUCGAAAGGCUCGUCUCCGGGUCGGAUGACUUCACGCUGUUCCUCUGGGUGCCUGCAGAGGACAAAAAGCCUCUGGGGAGAAUGACCGGCCACCAGGCAUUGAUCAACCAAGUCCUCUUCUCUCCCGACACGCGGAUCAUCGCCAGUGCGUCCUUUGACAAGUCCGUCAAGCUGUGGGACGGCAAAACGGGCAAAUACCUCACCUCCCUGCGGGGGCACGUAUCGGCAGUGUACCAGAUCGCGUGGUCGGCCGACAGCCGCCUGCUGGUCAGCGGGAGCAGCGACAGCACACUCAAGGUCUGGGACGUCAAGACACAGAAACUGGCUGUCGACCUUCCUGGCCAUGCGGACGAGGUGUUUGCCGUGGACUGGAGUCCCGACGGACAACGGGUAGCGAGCGGUGGGAAGGACAAAUGUCUGAGGAUAUGGAGACGAUAGCUGUGAGGAAAGGACUGUCGCAAAUGGAGCCCAUCCGCUUGGCGGUUUUCCCUCCUGGCAUAGGCUGCGGCCUGCCAGCCCUCCAUUUUCAGGAGGGCUACUUGAAUCAAGACUAUUCUCUCUUUUUGGAUCCAGAUAAAGGAGUCCUCUCCUCUCUUUUCAGCCGGCUUCUGGGCUAGUUGAUGCCUCUUGCUAAGUUGUUGCUGCUCACAGUUGUCUAAAACCUACACACACACACCCUGCCAGUCUUCCCUGGUGAGAGCUGGCGCAGUCUAGAAGUUGAAGCGGAAGCAAUCCGGAUGGUCCUGAGUUCGAAUCUCCCCAUUUUAGCCAUGGAUUCACAAUGUGGCAUUAGGCUAGCAUCAGACCACCACCACCACCCCACCAUGGUCUGAGAAAGGGAUGAUGAUCUUAUUUCUCCCCCUAAUCGCAAACCUGGGUGCUGAGUGCUGAAAAGUCUGGAAUUAAAACACUUCCAUUGAGGAGCAAGAGGCAAGGUUUGAGCACUGAUAGAAACCCCGAGGUUCAGAGAAAUGAUAAAUAAAUCGAUCAAUCUCUCUUUUAAGUGGUUUGCAGCUUGCCUUAAAACGCCAAACAGUGUGUAUUUUCAAAGCACCCGUGUAAAACAUCAGAAAUGAAAAUCGGGAAGCACAACGAAGUUCCUAUCUUAAAGUAGCAUAAUUAGCAGAAAAACAACAUGCUGUAUUCUAAAAGAAGCCGAUUGCAAAUAAGAAUCAAAUGCAAAAAAAUAUUCCAUGAGUAAAGCAUCAGUAGCAGCUAAACAAAAAUAAUGGUUUGUAUUAAGUUUAACUCAGGGCAGAUGCAUUGAAAUUGAACUCACAGUACCCAGGUCCAUUAUUUUAUGUGGAUCUUUGAGUUGGACCAGCUCAAAUGUUUACCAGUGCAUGAGUCACAGUGGUUAAGGGGAGGAAGCAACAUUCCAUAAGACAUCGUGGAUUUACCGGUAUUUGUUUACCAAAGAGACUAGUCCCUUUGAGGCCAAGGCAAGCAUGCCACUUUCUUCCUCCCCCUUUCUCUUCUAAUAUCAUUUCUCUUCAUCCAGCUGCCUCGGAGGCCUUUGCCCAGGGAGGAAGGUAGCCUCUAAAUAUUUUAAAUAAAUAGCUUUCCUCAGCCAAUGCGGUGUAACGGUUAGAGUGCCAAGACCAGGGUUCAAAUCCACCACUCAGCUGUGAAGCGCACUGGGUCACCUUGGGCCAGUCCCUGUCUGUCUCUGCCUAACCUAACUCACAGGGUUGUUGUGAGGAUAAAAUAGGGAGAGCGGUAAGCCAUGUUACCUUAAGCACGUUGGAGGAAAAUGUGUUUUGCAAACAUAAUAAAUCAAUUUUUAAAUUACCUUAUUGAUUCCCCCCCCCCAUUUUUUUUGUUAAGCCACCCAAACAAAACGGCCAUCGCUGUUUAAAUCCAUAAUCUGAUAAUUUAGGAGAUAAGCAUUAUUCUGGUGGAUUAGGAGAAAAGGCCAUCUGGUCUGACCGACAUCCUUGUUCCCAGAGCGGCCAAUCGAGAUACCUCUUUGGAAACCGGCAAAUGGCGGAAGAGCAGCUUUUUUCCCUCUCCGGCUUGUGAUCUAGGGGCGCAAGGGAUCGUUUCUAGGGAACAAAACUGCCGGCAUCUUAAUGCCUUCAUGCAAAUCUAUGGUGCGACUGCAUUUGGAAUACUGUUUGCCGUUCUGGUUGCCUCGCCUCAAACCUCUGAAUAUUGCGAGAGAGGGGGGUUUGAUCACGUCCAGAUUUUGUUAUCUUUCUGGUAAGUGGGGAACGAAAGAAGAGACGCAAACACUUCAGCAAAUGGCCAGGCAGCCGGACUUUGCAGAGAGCAUCCUAAUACGAAAAAGAAUGGAAAAUUAUCAUCUGUUCUUGCUCUCCUUGUUUAUUUGCCCUCCGGAAGUAUAUUUUUCUGCUUGGGCAGUUCGGGCUUCCGGUUUAUUUCCUUGCUGAAAUAAUUCCCUCUUUGCAAUAUCUUGCUCUGCUCAUCCCUUUGUGGGGGACGGAGGUUUGAUUCUUUUCCAUCCCCUCUCACCGGAAAGAAAACGGCCUUCGCCUCCAAAAAUGAGCAGGGAGCUCCCUGUUGAGAGAUGGCCACCAUCAAUUAAUCAACAGCCGCUUCAGUUGAUUUAUCUACAUAAAUGCCAGGUGUGGUUUUGGCAAGCUGCAUAGUGACAUCCCCGGGGAAUGGCUUUCUCAAUGGUUCUUAAAUUGCCUGCCAACUUGUCUUGUUAAAGGCUUGUUGUUGUUUUCAGAAAAAUGUGUCACCUUCUAGCACAGAACUGCAGGCUGCAAUGGACCCCUGAGUAGAUCUUCCAUCGCUCAGAACAGCACUGGCUGUUCAGUGAGCUAAACCGUCCCCUCAUGGUUUUCCUUCUUUCCCAAAGUUGAUGCCUCCUCAACUUUAUUUGGGGGUGCCGGUUUGGUUUAUUACAAUUAUUCCGAGGCUCUUAAGCAGGACUUUAAGCCGGAGGGCCACAUUCAAAUCUGCACCACCUUCUGGGGGCCACAUUGGGACAGUGGGCAGGGCCAGAGGCAGAAAGGGGCAUGUGGCCAAUAAAUUACCUCUCAACAAACAUUUUGAGGGGGGAAUUGAUUCGUAAAAUACACGGUUUUCAGUCUAGACCAGGCAUCCCCAAACUUCGGCCCUCCAGAUGUUUCGGACUACAAUUCCCAUCAUCCCUGACCACUGGUCCUGUUAGCUAAGGAUCAUGGGAGUUGUAGGCCAAAACAUCUGGAGGGCCGCAGUUUGGGGAUGCCUGGUCUAGACCUAGGGAAGCCUCUUGUCGACAGGCGAUGUCACAAUUGGUUGGGGACUGGAAUUUUCUAGAAAUGGCCUCGUGGCAGACUUGGUGGGGGCGCCAAUUUGGGCCACGGCGUUUAAUGAAUGACAAACUGGAAAUCUGAAUCUAAAGACCCGACUGGUUGGAUUUUU